AGAUAGACGAAAAAGCCCGACAGAAGAAAAUGCAAAUCCUUUCGCAUUUCUCCUCUAAAGCCUCCUCCACACUCUCCUCACUUUCCCUCCCACGCCUCUCUCUAUCUACCGCCCUCAACUUCCGCCGUCGCCCUUCCAAAUUCCCAUUUUACCCCUCCAACAACUUUGGAAUUCCCAGGCUGCCCCUCCUCGCAUGCAGCCUCAGCUCCGGCCGCAGCCAACAGCAAGCUCCCAUGGACUCACCCCCGCCGGAGGCCACCGCCGCGUCGGUCGACUCCGUGACGCACGAUUUGCAGAAUCAGAGCUUGGCCGGCGAUGAGAAGAUUCGCAAGAGCGAGAGCAAUGGUGUAAGUAACACUCAGAGGGUUAGGUUGAAGCUCGAAGAUCUAAAUUGGGACAACUCUUUUACCAGAGAGCUACCUGGCGAUCCCCGGACUGAUACGAUUCCACGAGAGGUGUUGCAUGCUUGUUAUACGAAAGUGUCCCCGUCAGCUGAAGUCGAAAAUCCUCAGCUUGUUGCAUGGUCAGAAUCAGUCGCCGAGUUUCUUGAUUUGGAUCCUAAAGAAUUUGAAAGGCCAGACUUCCCUCUUUUAUUCUCUGGGGCGUCUCCUUUAGUGGGAUCGUUGCCUUAUGCUCAAUGCUAUGGUGGACAUCAAUUCGGCAUGUGGGCUGGGCAGUUGGGAGAUGGGCGGGCUAUUACUCUUGGGGAAGUUCUUAAUUCUAAGUCUGAGAGAUGGGAACUUCAGCUUAAAGGUGCUGGGAAGACUCCUUACAGUCGGUUUGCAGAUGGCCUUGCUGUGCUUCGCAGUAGCAUCCGGGAAUUCCUCUGCAGUGAAGCAAUUCAUAAUCUUGGAAUUCCAACAACUCGAGCUCUCUGUCUUGUGACCACAGGAAAAUUUGUCACGCGUGACAUGUUCUAUGAUGGCAAUCCAAAAGAGGAGCCCGGUGCAAUUGUUUGCAGGGUUUCUCCAUCAUUUCUGCGUUUUGGGUCAUACCAAAUACACGCCACUAGAGAAAAAGAGGACCUUGAAAUUGUUCGUACUCUUGCAGACUAUGCCAUUAGGCAUCACUUUCCUCAUAUAGAGAACAUGAGUAGAAGCGAGAGUUUAUCUUUCAACACAGGCAAUGAAGAAGUUCUUGAUCUGACAUCUAACAAGUAUGCAGCUUGGGUGGUGGAGGUUGCUGAGCGUACUGCUUCCUUGGUUGCCAGAUGGCAGGGGGUUGGUUUUACUCACGGUGUGUUGAACACUGACAAUAUGAGCAUUUUGGGUCUUACCAUUGAUUAUGGUCCUUUUGGAUUUCUGGAUGCAUUUGAUCCAAGUUACACACCAAAUACCACGGAUCUUCCUGGGAGGAGAUAUUGUUUUGCAAAUCAGCCUGAUAUUGGCUUGUGGAAUAUUGCACAAUUCACUAGAACUCUUGUAGCUGCCAAGUUGAUAGAUGAUAAGGAGGCGAAUUAUGCAAUGGAAAGAUAUGGAACCAAAUUCAUGGAUGACUAUCAAGCUAUAAUGACCAAAAAACUUGGUCUCCCCAAGUACAUUAAACAGCUGAUCAGUAAACUUCUGAAUAACAUGGCUAUCGACAAAGUGGAUUACACAAACUUUUUUCGGUUGCUAUCCAAUAUCAAAGCUGAUCCUAACAUUCCCGAAGAGGAGUUGUUGAACCCACUAAAAGCUGUGCUAUUAGAUAUUGGGCAGGAGCGAAAGGAGGCAUGGAUCAGCUGGGUGAAAAUCUACAUAGAGGAGCUGGCCUCUAGCGGCAUCUCAGAUGAGGAGAGGAAGGCAUCAAUGAAUGCGGUGAACCCUAAAUAUGUUCUUAGAAACUACUUGUGCCAGAGUGCCAUCGAUGCAGCUGAACAAGGUGAUUUUGAGGAGGUUCGGAGGGUGCUUAAAGUAAUGGAACGACCAUAUGAUGAGCAACCGGGAAUGGAGAAAUACGCUCGCUUGCCCCCUGCGUGGGCUUAUAGACCUGGAGUUUGCAUGCUGUCCUGCUCUUCAUGAGUAUGGUUAUCUGAUUACCAUGUUAUAUAGAUGGCACAAAGAGAUUUUUGUUUUGUUUUUCCUCGACAGUUUUAUCGUUCGUCAUGUCAUAGUAAGUUAUCGUAUAUAAUAGUCAGAUUCGGAUUUUUGUUCUCCGUCGUUUACAUCGGACGAUAAAAUAAAGUGACGAUGUUGUACGAUUCAUGUUUCUAUACAAUUGAUACAGCUUAUUGAAAUGCAAGAAAAACCAGCUCAAAGGGAACAUGUUCCUGAAA